AGCAGCAGGUGUUGCUCUGAGUCCUAGACAACCUCCAGCAGCCAGGAAGAAGCGCCAUGCCCAAGCAAGCUGUAGUGACCUUGCGCUACGGGCCCUACAGCGCGGUGGGUCUGUCCGUGGAGCACCGCACCUACCGACUAGAGGGUCUGCAAGCGGUGUUGACCAAAGAUGGGCAUCAGGUCAUCCUGGAGCAGAUAGAGGACUGGAAUCUGGUGGAGCUUGUGGUGAAUGAAGAAACAGUCUUCCAGUGUGAUAUUCAAGACCUGGAGUUUGGGGGUGACGGUAAACUAGACCCGCUGUGUGAAGAGGCCAGGAUAGCUGUGCUAAAUGCCUUCUGAUCUCAUGGAGCAGACAGAAGAAACCCAGCUAUGCCCUCCAAUCUACAACUGGGCAUAUGGACGGUGGGUGCCACCAAUUAGAACACGGCAAUGGCACCUGUCCUCUAGUCUGGACAGUUUGGGUUUCUCAUCUUGCUGCACAGACUCACAAAAAUAAUAAAAACCACUCACUUGCA